UACGCUGUUCCGGGUUUCUUUAUAUACCGCAGCGGUUGCCUCCAUUUUUCCCUCUUCAAACCAAUCCCCAGUUUCGUAUUCACACUAAUUUCUAAUUUUCCCCAAAUUAACUAAACAGAGGAGAUUCUGUGAAAUGGGAGAGAAGGUAGCGGCUCCGGAGAAGAAGGCGGCGGAAGGCGGCGGAAGGAAGGAGGAAGCCGGGCCGAUCGAGGUUCUGUUGAAGCUUGACUUGCAUUGCGAAGGUUGCGCGAAAAAGGUCAAACGAGCCGUUAGCCAUUUCGAAGGUGUUGAGAAAGUGAAGACUGACUGUGAGGCUAAGAAGUUGACCGUCUCCGGCAAUGUUGACCCGGCGGCACUGCGCGAGAGGGUUGAGUACAAGACCAAAAAGAAGGUUGAGCUAAUCUCUCCUCAGCCAAAAAAGCCCGCCGCUGCUGAUAAGAAGGCCGACGAGAAGAAGGCAGAGGAGAAGAAAGGAGAUGAAAAGAAAUCUAAAGAGCUUGCGGUUAGUACAGUGGUGGUGAAAGUCAGGCUGCACUGCGACGGGUGCGCGCAUAAGAUGAAGCGAGUCAUAACGAAGCACAUUGAUGGGGUGCACUCGGUAAAAACUGACCUAGCAAAGGACCUGGUCACGGUAACUGGGACGAUGAACGAGAAGGAACUCACAUCAUACUUGAAAGAAAAACUCAAUCGAGGUGUAGAAAUCGUUCCUCCUCCAAAGAAAGACGACGCCAGUGGUGACAAGAAAGGAAAAGAAGCCGGAGGAGACAAAAAGGAGGGCGGCAGCGACAAGAAGGGAGCAGAGUCGAAGGCAGGGGACGAAAGCAAAGACACUAAGGUAGAAGUGAACAAGAUGGAGUAUCGUGGUUCGAAUUUACAAACGCACUACGCCAUGCCUAUCUACAAUCAAAAUUAUUACAAUCAAGAUUAUGGCCUCCCAGUUAACCACUAUCAAGAUUACCCACCUAGCCAGGGCUACGGUAACACGGGCUACGUCGUGCAAUAUGCUCAGGGACCUCCACCUCCACCGCCAACGUACAUGAACGAUCAAAUGUUCAGCGACGAAAAUCCGAAUGGAUGCUCCAUGAUGUGAACGUGAAGAUGACACUCCAUGAUAACGUAUAUAUGAGAACAAAUUAAUUAGAAAAAAAAUACUCCAUAUUGUUACGGUAUAGUAGAUGAAUGCAGACCCGGGCGGUUGCCGGUGUUUGGGAGGUUGAUUUAUUGUUUAAAUGUUGCUAUCGAUCAGUUGUUAGUUAAGUAAAAUAAAUUCAAAUUUUGCUUCGCUAAUGAUGUUUUUUUAGCUUAUCUUCGGACUGAUUAUUUUGUUCAAUUAAUAGUGUGAUGUGAGCCUUCCUCAGCA